CGUCGGGUCAUGUUCACGUUUUGUUUGUGGACAAUGACAAUUUUGUGGUCUACGCUUGGACCAGAAUAUCUUGCUUCACUGCCUGAGAUAAGUACGACAUCCAGAAUACGGCUUUACACAGGCAUCCGAAACAUUCUAUCAAAGUUUCAAUUCGCAACCGGUACCAGCCACCGGGCUCGACGACAUCGAAGUACGAAAAAGUGACCGAAGGCCCGAAAGCCGUCGUCGGGCCGUGAGCGGCAAGGUUGAAGUUACGCAAGCGUGCCUUGCGCAUUAUGCGGAACUCUUGCUCGGGAAUCCACAACAUGACCGGCGCUUCUGACCGCAGGCAGCCCCUUGUGAGACGAGAAUCGGUAAUGCUCACCGUUCGUCGUUUCCUCGCGAAUUGUACCAAUUCCCAGAACGAAAUGAACCAACAAAAAGUCCCGGCGAAUCCGUCGCUCUUCUCAAAAUUUCAUGUUGCAACACAGACCGAACAGGUUUCUCCCAAACUGUUAUCAACCACAAUCCAGACUUCCUCCCGAACAGCAGGACCGAAAACUGAAAAUAAAUAUAGAAAAAAUGAUGGUCCCUUCUUCUACACGACUACGCGAAAUGCUCGCAGACCCCAACAAGAUCGUGGUCUGCCCCGGAGUCUACGACGGCAUCAGCGCCCGCUUAGCACUAAAUGAGGGCUUCGACACUCUAUAUAUGACCGGUGCGGGCACGAGCAUGUCUCGUCUUGGUGAGGCGGAUCUGGUUCUGGCGACGAUGACGGAUAUGAAGAACAACGUGGAGAUGAUAUCCAACCUCGAUCCAUCUGUGCCUGUCAUCGCCGACGCAGACACCGGAUACGGCGCGCCCAUCAACGUCGGUAGGACGGUGGCCGCAUACAUCAGAGCCGGCGUCGCCGCCUUCCACCUCGAGGACCAAGUCGUCAACAAACGAUGUGGACAUCUAGCCGGGAAGCAGCUCGUCUCCAAGGACGAAUACCUCACGCGCAUACGCGCGGCGUCCGAUAUCGUCAUUAUCGCCCGCACGGAUGCCCUUCAGUCUCUGGGCUUGGAGGAGGCAAUCAGCCGACUCGAAGCCGCAGUCGCAGCUGGAGCCGAUGUCGCCUUCCUGGAGGCGAUCUCGACCCGCGAGGAAGCCGAAGCGGUUUGUCGAGUCUUCAACCCACAGAGCGUGCCCAUCAUGUACGGAAUGGUGCAGGAGAGCAAGGCGUACAAAUUGAGCCCCGUCGAGGCUAAGAACAUGGGUUUCAAGAUCAUUGUGUUCGCGUCCCUUUGUCUCGCCCCGACCUUUUUGGCUGUCUCAAAGGCUUUAAGGACGUUGAAGGAGCAGGGAGAUUGUGAGAGAUAUGGUCCUGAUGCCUCGCCGCAUCGACUUUUUGACGCCUGUGGCAUGCAGAAAUUGAUAGAAUUCGACCGGCUCGUGGCUAAUCCGUCGGAUUAGACAUUGCCGAUGAAAAUUCACAAAACAAAAUAAAUUCUGCCAUUAUUGGGCCUUUAAGAAAAAUUGGUCGGAAAGUGAUGUGCACCACCUUCACUCUUUGAGACAGUGAGAUGCUCAUUUGAUUUGGGUCCUACGGUGGGAGUUUCGGCGGACCACGUUGUGUCGUGGGAGGAAUGAAUGGGUUGCAAGCACUGUUGUUUCUCUCACAGUUCCACCAAACAGCCACGGGCUCUUGUAUAUAUGAAUCAGAGAG